AAUACCUUGUGAGGUUUAUCUGCGCCCCUAAGAAGUGGAAGUUUUUCAGUGCACCCUUGAACGUGGUUGACCUUCUUGCAAUCCUACCAUACUUUGUAGGAUUCAUUGUUGAGGGUAUCAAGGAUACGCUGGUUAUCGGACGGGCAGGAAAGGUUCUUCGACUUAUCAGGGUUAUGCGGAUUCUCAGGGUUUUCAAGUUGGUUCGGCACUUUGCUGGCCUCCAGAGUUUGCUGUCUACCCUUCAACAAGCAUACAAGGAACUUGGUCUGCUCAUGAUUCUGGUUUGGGUUUCUGUUCUCACUGUAUCUAGCCUCAUCUACUUCGCGGAAAAGGACGCAAAGGCUAAGUGGAGUUUCCUUGACAGCUUCUGGUGGGGGCUCAUGGUGCUUACUACAGUUGGCAGCGGAUCUCUGGCUCCAACAACUGCUGCGGGAAAGCUCAUAGGUGGGUUCUGUGCACUGCUUGGGGUUUUUAUUCUAGCCCUCCCAGUGCCUAUUGUGGUCAACAGAUUUACCGAUUUCUCCAACAACUAUAAGAACAGGCUUUGGAGAAACGAGGUUAUGAUGAAAAGACAAGACCAAAAAGAAAAAGUCAGUGAAGACAUGAAGUGCAAUGGAUCACUUGAUAGAAAAGUGUAAAAGAUCAGGGCCAAAGAGAAGUUACGGCAAGAUUGGUACCUUUCUAAUUGUUAACAUUUUUCGAGGGAUUUUAGGGAUGUUUAAAUGUUUUUAUUUGUUGGAUGAAAAUGGUCAUGUUUUCUAUGAUCAAUAGAUUUUUAAUGUUUAUAGCAUCUAAGGGAAACUGCGCUUGUUAAUCACAUGUGAAAGGCAUAGAACGAGAAAUUUGUAAUCAUAUUUAAUCAAUGACUCAAAACAUUGUUAUUUUGUCUUUGAAUUAUUAGCGCUAUAUUUACUGUCUCAAAUUUACUUUAUGUUGAAAAUAUUGAUAAACAACUUUCAGCGAGCUGAUGCAGAUGAUCUAUAGUUAUCAAUUUGCAGCACUAAUCCUUAAAGUCAUUCAAUAUUGAUACUGUUGAUAAUUUUCUUAUUUAAUUUUAAUAUAUUAAAUGUUUAUUAUGUUAUCAUUAUAACAUUGAGAUUUCCUCACAAAUAGUUAAGAAGUCUGACACGUCAAAAAUAUAUAUUCAACGGUGGAAAAUAUCAUUUAACAUUUUUGAGAAUUCUGGAACCAAAGCAAGAUAUAGUUUCUAACAAUUGAUACUCCGACCUUAAAAUUGAAUAAUGCUGAUUCUAAUAAAAAACACAAAUUUACCUUUUAAGUUUAUUAAUAUAUAAUUGU